GCACUAUAGGCUUGAUAAAUCUCCUAGAAAAAAUUUCAAAAGAUUAAUUUGAUUGAAGUAAACUGAAGUAUAUAGAAACUACGAUGAGACUUAGAAAAUCUAAAAGACAAUCAACUACGCCACGAAGGUUGGAAUUGAUCCUAACCCUCUUUGGAAGUGGAUUUUUCUUUAGUAUAUCAUGGCUUAUCUUGUUCACGAAAUUUUAUUCUGUUCGUAAUUCAGGAAAAUUCCAUCUUAUGCUGUUGGAAUUAUUCUCGAUUGUGACCGCUUCGAUAGUUAACGUUUUACUUAUCAAUCUACUUUAUGUAAGACAUCUUCAUUCUGUGCCAACUAGCAUGUGGUCUCUUCGCAGAGUGUUUUUAAGGUGUCGAAGGUUAAUUCGAUAUUUUAGACGUUUCGGAGGUUCUAUACCAUAUACUUUACAAUCUCAUGCCUCGGUUGUUGAACUGUUUGACGAGGCUGAUGAGUCAAGGGAGUUAACAUCUAAAAGAUUUUUUUUUUGGUUGCAAUCGUUUAUUUUAGCAUCCCUUCCUUUAUUUAUAAUUCAUAUUUUUGUUCAUCGGGCUGUUCCUUACAAGCACCGACAAUCACAAGAGAUUUUGUUAGCGUUAAUGCGGUUAACCAUAGACGGAAUCGUAUGGUCAGUUUUAACUCUACUGUGUUUGUACCAUUUGUUCUGUGCACCACCCAAGUAUGGCCAUUCGAAAAUUCGAUCUGGAAAAUGUUGCAAUUGGAUGGGUAUUUUCACCAUUAUAAUAUUAUUUAAUUUAACUAUGUUUACUUUGGUUUUCAUAUCUUUCCGAAUAUUUUCUAUGGACACAAUCUCGAGCUUGCGUUUAGGGAUCCUAGAAGAACCUUGCGAUCCGUGCGAGGCGGAGGGCCUGAAGCUGAAUCCUGUACUAAGUAAGUCGUGGGUUCUGCCAAAUUUGGUCCCUUGGAAGUUGAUUAAGCGUAUAAGGGGAGAUAGGGGGUGCGUUAAUGAUAUUAAGAAAAAUGUCGGUUACCUAGACGAGACGAUGGAAGUCCUAGUCGUAUCAUCCUUGUGCAGGAAUGGCAGGAAGCCGAGGAUCCUUUUGGAAUCCCCCGAGAAUAACGAGAUGAACGGACACGUUGAACCAUUACUGGAUGAGGUCGCCACCGGUGACAAGAAGUACCAUGCUGAGUUGGAGGCUAAAUACGGCACCUCAGAGAAAGCGAUGAAGGAGGGUGUGAUAGUGCACCGUGAUACUAAAACCGGAUAUAUUUCUGUAGUGGAAAUCGACCCGUCAAGGUUAAUUCCGGUGAAGCGUGAGCCUCUAUCCAAAAAAGAACUCGACGCGCGUCGUUAUUGGGCGUCCAACAAAGUGUUCGAGGUUCCUCUGGGGAAUUCAGCCGCCUACAUCGUGCGCUGCCCCGCGAUGCACCACGAGGAGUUCUUCCUAUUUCCCGUGAAGGGGGUAGCUCGCCACACUUCAGACCCUGACCUUCCUCUGGAGGCCGAUGGAACGCGUCCACAGCCUGACACGGCGUGUAGCAGCACGGAUGGUGUGGAUGAGCCCGCGGGGAACGUGCUGAUUAUCCUGAUUGAUGCCCUGAGUCGGCAAGGGGCACACCGUUCCCUUCCUGGCUUUGUGUCAUGGGUGCGGGACUUCCAGCGACGCCGAUCGAGCAACUCCGCAACGGCGCAUCACGUGUUUGAGCCCAAGGCCAUCACGACACUGGGACACAGCACGGCUGGGAACCUCUGCCCCUAUCUUACCGGAACCACCAUUGUGGGAAUGUCUUACCCCAGCGAGUCCGAGAUUGACAUGAUGGAUCGAACAAUUUUCAACAUCGCAAAGGCCAAAUACGGGUCCGCGCUCAGCACCGCUUUCACAGUUGGGUCCUGCCACGACUUCUUUGAGGCCAUCAUCGGUAAUCGGGAAGCCAGCAGCGGGACCGGUGGGCGGGUUCAGGGGGUGGAUUAUUACCUUUACCAGCCCCUUUGUCAUCUGGAGUACUCCGGGCUUCACAGCAAUUUUCAGGGCCCUUAUUGCAUCUUCCGACGCUGCAUUGACGGCCGCCAGGUCCACGAGCAUAUCUUGGACUACACAAGGCACUUGCUUCGACGCCAGCUUCGUCAGAGGGCGGCGGCGACGACGACGACGACAACGAACUUGGGGACCCAGGCCCAGGCCGACAGGUCCUGUGACUCAGGGCUCAAGAGGGAUAAGUACUUUUUCGAUAUCUCAUACUUUAUGGAAUCACAUGAAGGUACGCACAGUGUAAUCAGACUGGUUGAUGAUGCCCUGGUUGCUUUUAUGCGUCAUAUUGAGGAGGAUUUACGCUUCUUUGACGAUCCACUCAAUACAUUUAUCCUUGCCAGUGAUCAUGGAAACCACAUGGGGCCCUACUACGAAUAUACAAAUGCUGGCCAAUUUGAGCGCACGACACCUGCAAUGCUGUACAUUAUGCAUCCUGAGGUCAUGCGACGUGUAGACCUGCGCAAGGGCCGUCCUACAGGUGUAUCAAUGAAAAAUUUUCAAGAUCGAAUGAAACGUUUAAAUACACCUUUGGAUUUUUACAUGACAUUAGGUGAUCUUACCGGCAUUUCUGUGAAACCGUUUUAUAAAUACAUGGAGGUAAAGAUUCCACCAGCCUCAUUGUUUGACUCGCGUAAUGGACCUCCAAUUCAAUGUUGCUAUGACUUUUUCACUGAAGAACAUCGGAGCCUCUGUUCAUUGAGCUUCUGUACCCAGAAGGAUGAAUCUUAG